AUGGCGGCUAUCCAAAAACGACAGGAUGGUUCUACAGACUUUUACAAGAAUUGGACACAGUACAAAAAAGGAUUUGGAGACCCAUUCAAAAACUACUGGAUUGGAAACGAUGUAAUUCACAAUUUAACAACGACAAAUCAGGAACUACGAGUGGAGCUGUUGAGUUUUGCUGACGAGAAAGCGUACGCCCUGUACUCCGCAUUUCAAGUUGGAAACGAUAGCAGUAAAUACCUGCUUACAGUGUCGGGGUAUAAUGGAACGGCGGGAGACAGUUUGGGGUACAGCAAUGAACGCAUGUUCAGUACACAUGAUGAGGACAAUGACCCUAGCAUUAAUAACUGUGCGGUGCUAUUUCACGGAGCCUGGUGGUACAAGGACUGUGCUAUCUCCAACCUGAACGGGCAGUACCAACGGUCUGCUAUAUCCGGUUUGUCAUAUUAUCCGUUCUGGUCUUCUUGGAAAGCUUAUACUGCAUUAAAAGGGACAACAAUGCAGAUUAGACCUAACUAAUUAACAGAGGAGCAAUAUAUAUCCAAUCAAUCAAUUAACAGAGGAAGAAAUCAUGUCCGGAUAUACCCCCCCCCCUUUUUUUAUCAGAUAUCUAUGAUGAAGAAAGAAUAGCAACGGACGGUUCA